AUGCCUCCACUUAAGGCUUUAGAGUCUCGCGAUCUAUAUGCCGUGGGGUGGAUCGCCGCUCUUCCGCUGGAGCGUGCAGCAGCAGUAGCAUUACUGGAUGAGAAACACGGAAAACCACAUGAUUUUGUCCAACCUCAUAAUGACCCAAAUUCAUAUACCUGGGGCUGCAUUGGUGAGCAUAACGUGGUCAUAGCUUCACUUGCGGCCGGGAAAUACGGCACGACAUCCGCCGCGGCGACUGCAAUACCUAUGCUUGCCUCCUUUCCGCAGAUAAGAAUCGGUCUUCUUGUAGGGAUCGGAGCCGGCAUAUCAAGGCCUGAUAAAGGCCGCGACAUUCGCCUUGGUGAUGUCGCCGUCAGUCAACCUCGUGGAAAUAGUGGUGGCGUCAUUCAGUACGAUCUAUUCAAAGCGAAGCCUGAAAAUCGGCGGGAAGGCGUAGCUUUUCUCAACAGUCCGCCUGAGGUUCUUCUUCAUGCAAUAGCGAACAUACAGGCGGAGCAUGAACUCGAGCCACCAAAACUGCUCGAGUAUCUCGAAGAAGCGAUGGUCCGCUAUCCCAGACUAGCCAAGCAGGGCUAUGUGCACCAGGGGUUUGAAAAUGAUCGAUUAUACAAGACCUCGGACCCUGAUGAAGAAAUCCAACGUGAGCUCCGUCAGUCGCCAGACCCUGAAAUCCAUUAUGGUAUUAUCGCUUCUGGUAACACCCUUCUCAAGGAUGCUACUUACAGAGACAAAAUUCUGGAGGAUAUUGGGGAUGAAUGUAUCUGCUGUGAAAUGGAAGCCGCGGGCCUGAUGAAUAAUUUCCCGUGUAUUGUGAUAAGAGGAAUAUGUGAUUAUGCGGACUCACACAAGAGCGAUCGAUGGCAGCGAUAUGCUGCUGCAACAGCGGCUGCAUAUACGAAGGAGCUUCUGGCUUUUGUUCCUAGCCAGGACCUGCAGACAACACGAAAGGCUAUUGAGAUUCUCGAGGAUAGUUAG